GCGUCUGCAGGAAGAACUGCGGAGCAGGCUGGCUUCGCAAGUGCUGGGAGUGGAAGGCAACUUGGUGUCAUUGCCAGUCUCACGGUAACCAACGACUCGAGUGCAUGGCAGAAACGACUGCAGACUCUCUCGCCCUCAUGACUUUAGUAACUUGUCCCACAGGGAUUCAAACACUGCCUGUGUUUUCCGUCCCCGGGCGUUCACGUUGAGCUCCAUCUCUGACAUUGUUUACUAAUAAGAAAGUGCUGCAGAUUCUAUUUACAGUUGGUUGACAACUUGUCCAUAGCCAUGAAGAGAGCCCCCAUCACAAUUCCCACAAGCUUCAUGGACAUUGAAGACUGUUUUGAAAAUCAGGUUGUGGAAAACAACAAUCAUACACUAGAAGACAUCACAGACACAGAUAGGUCCACUGUACAGAGCAGAUCAGCAAGGAGUGAAUCACUGGUUGGAGCUGAGACAAAAAAGCAGCGAGGUAUCCUUUCCACCCCUGAAGACAAACUUCUCACAGCUCAGGCACAAUCAGAGGAUCUGAUUGCAAAUAACAAGAUUUCAAAGGCCAUGAGGGAACUUAUACGCUGUGUAGCUCUCUCCAGACUUGUUUAUGGCGAUGGACACUGGCGAUUUGCUGAGGCUAUUGCAAAACUUGCUUUUGGAUAUUUGCUGCAAGGACUUCACUUUCAGGCAAAGCAGCAUGCAGAGUCUGCCCGAAAUAUUAUGCUGACAGGAGUUCACCUGCCUGAAUCUCAGACAGAAAAAGGGAAAGUACUGGAAGCACUCUUAACUACCUAUUAUAGUCUUGGUACAGCUUACUUACUACAGAAAAGUGUCAGAGAAGCUCAUCAAAAUCUGCUUAAAGCUGAAAACAUUUUAGAUGAGCUGCAAAGUCUUAGAGGAAUGCAACAUCUGCCAAUAAUGAUCACAGAAAAAGAUGUCAAUCUGUCACUGGGAAGAGUCGCCAUUCUGCAGAACAAGCCAGCUUCUGCCAUUACAUUCUUUGAAAAAGCUGCAACAUAUGUGAAAGCCUGUAAAGGAGAAGACAGUCUAGAGCUAAUCAUCAUAUAUCAGGAAAUGGGAAAAGCUGAACAGAUGAGAGCACGUCAUGAGGAGGCUGUAGAGCAUCUGCUACAAGCUUAUUCAAUAACUGUGGCCAACAAUACAGAUGAUAGUGAGGAGGCUGCCAAUGCUGCACUACUUCUGGCAAAAAGCUAUGCUGCCACUAAAAAGUUAAAAUACAAUGAAUUUGCAGAAAAGUACUUUAAUGAAAGUAUAAAUAAAUAUCAGGCUGCAUUUGGGGAGGAAAAUCCAGAAGCAUUUAAACCAGUGGAUGAAUUCAGCAACUGGUUGAUUCAAACUGGAAGGUCACAGGAGUCAUAUGACCUCCUCAAUAGUACCUUGAGUUUCAGAAUAGAAGCAUUUGGGGAUUACAGUGAGUCAGUGGCUGAAACCUACAAUGUCAUGGCUAGCAUCGUCCUUACAGAUGGGGACAUGAAGAAGGCUUAUAAACUGCUCUCAAAGUGCCUUGAAAUUCAGACAAUACUAUUUGGGAGUCAGCACAGAAAAACUAAACAAACACAGGAAAUGUUAGAUAUGCUUCAAAAGUCACCAGUUAUUAUUGCAAAUAACAGAAAAAUGAAUCAGAAAAUAUCAAAUAACCUGGAACCUUAGUGACCUUACCGUAAAAUGUGUUUGAAGACUCAAGAAAAUACUUCAAAGCAUGCUUAGCCCAUCUGGUUAUGAAUUCCUUUAAAAUCUGACCACAUCUUAACAGUUUUUACUGUGAAUGUGCUAUAGAACUUACAGUAACAAGUCAUUUUUAAUAAUCUGAUUUUCUUUCUAUUAAGAAAAAUAUUUAUGUAGCAUGGCACAGUGGUCUCACAGAUCCAGCCUAAAGGGUUCUAAUCCCACAUCUGUCCAUGGUCUGUGUAGAGUCUGCCUGGAUUUUUCUCUAGGUACUUUGGUUAUCUCAAGGAUGUUCAUGUUAGGUGAAUUGGCUGUUCUAUAUUGAGUCUGUAAGAGUGGUUGUGUGUGUGGUUAUGGGCCUUGAGGUGAAUGGGUGCACUAAUCUAAGUUAAUUAGGCUAGGUCUGCAAAACCUUGAGUUGGAUUGAGCGGAAUUGAGAAUGAAUAAUGUACAUUUUUAAAUCUUGAGCAGGUGUACACUUAGGACAGACAUAAUUUGAACAGGUAAUUAGGAUCAUUGCAUAGAUUAAUACAUCUGUUUUAUAAAUUAUUA